GAGAGAGGGAGAGCGAGAGCGAGAGCGAGGGAGCGCGCGCGCGAUCUGGCAGGACUGCAAGGAGAGCUCACAAUAACGGGAUCCUGCGCCUCACUGCAUCGGGUGCUGAGGUCAAUUCUGGGAUCUGUCUGGUGCUUCGUCUUUGCCAUGUUGUUGCAGUGGGUCGACUGCGCCACGGCGUGAUGUCCAAGCGUCGGGUGUGAGAAGCCGGGAUUUUUGUGGAGUAUUGAUUGACAGGUGCAGGCCCUGCCCCUUGUACUGCUCCAGCAAAAUGGCAAAUGAGGAUUUUCAUGAUGGGCACAUUGCCCGUGGAAAUCCCUACAAGAAUAUAAUUGGAGCAGAAGAUGAAGAUUUUGAGAAUGAGAUAGAUCCGUCUGUGGAUGACCUGUGCAGUCACUUCCAAAGCAUUGAUUUGUUGAAAGAAAAACCAGCUCAUCUUCUCAUUUUUCUUCAGCAUGUAUUUCUGCAAUUUGACUGCGCCCCACUGCUCUGUUUCCUGCAUGCAGAACUUUUCAAGAACCUUAAUGCCAAAGAAGUCAGGAAACAGUUUGUGGAAUUCUAUCAUACCUUUUUGGAAAAAGGAGCUGUUUUAAAAGUGCAGAUUCCAUCCUCAGUUUCAUUUGAAUUGGAUCGUACCAGACCAGAUCUAAUUCCUGAAGAGAUGCAAAGGCGAUUUAUACGGGACAUCCAGAAUGUCCAGGCGAUAGAGCUUGUUCGACAACUGGAAGACUUCAGGCAGAAGAGGAUGAUGGGAAUGACCCCAGGUGAAAGAGAACUUGCUGAAUUGGAAGAACUUCAGGCAGCCGACCGUGCAACACAGGAUGUUAAAGAACGUGCUAUAGCUGAGCAGUUACUGGACAAAUUGAGUGAAAUGCACCCAACAGUCUACAAUGAUGAUGAAAAGAGCACCGCCAUGUUCAAUGCUAUUAUUACCUACAUGAAGCAUCUGGGAGUAAAGGCAAAGUCUUCUGACAACAAAAAAUCCCGUUUUCCUUUUAUAAAAAAGAUUCCUGGUAUAAAGAGGCCUGAUGAACCACCGAAAUCUACUAAACGCUUCCCUCAUAUUUUUCUACCAGAACCACCUCGUUGGAUGGGUAGUGGCAAUGUUGACAGCAGACCUCCUAAAGUAGAGGCUGAAGGUGACAAGGACAAGAUCAAUUCAGAAAGGAAAAACUCAACCGGGUCCAGUGUGAGGGGUAUAGAGAGUGUGACCAAGGGAAUUAGAAGUGGGCCUAUUGGAGGAACUCAAGAUACAACAGAGGGGCCUUCUAUAGGCUCUAACCAGGGUGUCACUGGUGGAAACAUCACACAGGGUGAUGGAGCUCAAGAUUUUCUGCGAACUGAUACUUUACCAACAAGUGACCUUUCAGAAACAGAUCCUGCCAUUACAAAUGAAGCACCACCUGAAGAAGUCCCUGUUGAGGCUGAAAAGCAUGGGACACGCAUUGGCCGCUCAGAGAGCUUGUGUGCACCUGAGCGCAGACGCUCCCAGAAGGGCUCGACCAAAGGCAAGCAGCCUCGAUCGAGAAGCGACGUAGACCUGCAGGCCGCCACCAAAGCUACCAGCCUGCAGUCCAGCACCACGGCACAACCUGACACUCACAGCUUGGAGCCAGGGUCUGGUAGUGGUGGUGGCACAGGAGAGAACCAGCAGUCCUUUCUGUCUGGUCAGCCUGAGGAGAAUGAGCCGCGCGUUUCGGAGUUGGAGGUGGACCCGCCGAACUGGCGGGAACAGGCCGACUCCGAGCAACUUCUCCGGCUGAAGAAAACUGAGAUCAAGCGGCAAGAAGUCAUCAAUGAGCUCUUUGUUACGGAACAUGCUCAUGUGCGCAUGCUUAAUGUCCUCUACACUGUGUUUUUCCUCCCAAUGGAAAAAGAAAAGAUCUUGUCUUCAGAAGAGCUGGCAGCUAUGUUCCCUGGACUGGAAGACAUCAUUGAAGUGCAUAAUUCCUUCUAUGAAAGUUUAAAGAAACUUCGCCAGGACAAUCAUUACAUUGUGAAGAACAUAGGUGAUGCCUUGCUGAACAGGUUCAGUGGCACAGAGGGAGAGUGGUUUCAGAAGCUUUCAUCAAGGUUUUGCAGCCAUCAGUCCUAUGCUCUUGAUGAAAUUAAAAAACUACAGAAAAAGGAUUCCAGGUUUACGAUGUUCAUUCAGGAAGCAGAGAGCAAACCCCAGUGUCGCCGUCUACAGCUGAAGGACAUCAUUCCAGUUGUAAUGCAAAGACUCACCAAAUAUCCUCUUCUGCUUGAGAACAUUGCUAAGUCAACAGAAGAGGCAGAGGAAAAGUCUAAGAUCCAACAAGCUGCUGAAUGCUGCAGGAAAAUUCUUAAUCAUGUAAAUCAGUCUGUUCGUGUGAUGGAGAACUUUCUGCGACUGAAUGAUUAUCAGCGAAGACUUGACCUCUCCAGUCUAAAGCAAAGCACUGAUACACUUUUGUCUGAAUUCAAGAACUUGGACUUGUCAACAAAGCAAAUGAUCCAUGAGGGUCCCUUGUUAUGGAGAGUGAACAAAGAGAAGACCAUUGAAGUACAUGUCCUGCUUCUCACAGACAUUCUAGUUUUACUGCAGAAGCAGGAUGAUAAAAUGGUGCUUAAGUGUCAGAUGAAGAGUUCAGCAGGAGUGUCUGAUCGUAAAGAGGUGCUGAGUCCAGUUAUCAAACUGAACUCUGUUUUUUCACGAGAAGUAGCAACAGAUCGAAAGGCAUUCUAUGUUAUCUUCACUUGGGAGAGUGGAGCCCAGAUCUUCGAACUAGUGGCACAGACGGUGUCUGAACGCAAGAACUGGUGUGAAUUAAUCAAGAUGGCAGUAGAAGAUCUGAAGAAGUCUGAGCUAGCAGCUGCAACUGACCAAAGACGCACUGUUGGCCUUACUCCAGUUGUAGGGGUACUGCCGACUAGCCCCACAUACAGUACACAUCCUCCUCUGAGCCCCUCUGAGAAUGGAAACUCUGUGAAAGACUACCUUGAAACUUUGCACCAGACAGAUAAGGAAAAGGAUUUGGUCACCAAUCACAUGAUUGCUGAUUUUCUUGCUGCAAAUGGAAUUGAUCCUUACAGUCUAAAUCAAAUAGUAGAGGAAAAUGUGGCCAGUGCAGCAUUAGAAGAAGUUUUCUUCUUGAAGAGAAUGCUAGUUGGAAACAUACAUUUAUCUGAAAAUGUGGAAUCUUCAGCUGAAAAUGCGAAGACACAUUCAGAGCUUGAAGUCAAGGAGUGUGAAAUGGCUGACAAGAGGCCAGAUGAGCCUAGUGAGAAUGGGAAAGGUGAAGAAAAAAAUAAUGAAGAUAACAAGAGUCAUUAUGAGAGAGAGGGCAUAUUAGAGAACAAGGAAACAAGUGAGGUGUUCAGCACCCCAGUUAUCCUAUCACUUGAGCAAAAGCAAGAAGUAGCACACAGAAUGGAUAUUCUGGAGCAACAACUCAGGCGGUUAAAGAACAUUGAAGAGGAAUUUCGCAAAUUACAAGAAGGUCUUGCAAAGGUUGCCUUGUCUCCACAAAACUUCACAUGAGCAUUGAAGUUGGAAGGCAGGUUGAAGAUGGUCAAUCAAUUGGCUCUGCUUGGACACGCUGUGCUUUACCAUCUUUUCCUGUCACUCCUUGUUCUCUACUGGCCUACUUUGCCUGGAAGCUUGCACUAGUUGAAAGCUUGUAGAAAGAAGAUGUUCAACAACCAACCUGUUUUAAAUGUCCCUUCCUUUUAUUUAUAGUGUCUUCCAGUUUGCAACAUACAGGAGUGUAGUGCAUUUUAAAUUUGUAUUUUUUUUUCUCCUUUGUUGCUGAAAUAGUUUGGUGGAGCCUUACAUUUUUUAACCCCUUCUAUUGUUUAGGUGUAUUCAAAUCAUUCCCUACCUCAUCAAUAUUCUUGUCCUUGUUUUGCUUUGGUGACUUCUGGGAUGUUGUGCACUGCCAAUUUGCAGGCUGAAUUUGUCAUUCCUUGAUGUUUUGUAAAGGUCAGUAGAACUUGCUGCUAGGUAAAAUGUUAUUGCUACUUACACUUUUUUUAGUAUGACUUUCCUUUCCUCCCUUUAGACUAUGCAUCGUAUUGUACUAAAACACCAUUGUGCCUUAUAUGGUGUUUUUUUCUGUAAAAACACCAGCUAAAUGUGUGUGUCUGGUUAAAUUCGAGCUUGUGUAUAGUUUUUCCUUGGUGAACCUACUGUAGGUAAUUUGUUGCCAUUACUUAGAUAGAGAGUGUUGCCACAUUCUCUAGAGCUAUUGUAUGAUAGUAGAGUAUUAACAAUCGCCUAAUAAAUUGCUGAAUAGGUUUAUGCACGCUCACAUUUUUCUGUUUUAGUUUUUGUCAUUCCUUGCCAGUUGAUUCAAGUUUGAAUAGAAGAUGGACUGUGCAUGUGAAAUCAGGUUGGUAGUAUGUAUAUUAGAAUGGGCACUGCAACUUAAAUGCUGGGUUUUAGGAAGAAAGAAAAAAAAGAAUAUAAAUAUAUAUAUAUGUGUGUGUAUAAUUGCGCUUAUAAAAGAAAGGUUUUAAAUCUGUUUUUAUUAUUUUUUAUUAGUUUGAAUAUUUGUUACUGUAUGAAGUCUUCAAUUUGUAAAGUGGUGGAACUUGUAUGAACGCUGUCUAAUGUAAUGUUACCUCACAGUGUCAUUUUUGGUUUUUCAUUUUGAUUAAAGUCAUCCUCAAUGAGCAAAAACACUUAAGCAUUGAAACGUAGAGCUGCAUUUAAUACAGCUGUUCAUCACACUGUUAUAAGUGAGCCUCUCAAGCCCAGUGUUGAAUAUUUCAGCCUUCUAGGCCUGGUUAAGACAUUUAUACUGGUAAAUCCAGGUUUUUGUCCACAUUGAGAAAUUAUUCCAGUCUAAUGACCAGUCUGUGUACUGUAUUGACAGCAAGUCUCAAGUUUUCUGCUUACAUAUGUGACUACUUCAGGAUUAUUAUAUAUGGGAAAAUAAUAUUUUGUAGCAUGCUUCCACUGAGAGUGGCAGCCUUCAUUCAGACUUUUCCAAUACGGGUGGGAUUUAUAUAAUUAUGUAAAGGGUCUUUAUCUUAUUAUGGAUAUUAUUAUUAUUAUUAUUAUUGUUCUUUUUAUUGUAACAAACAUUUAUUUUCAGAUUAAUUUACAAAAUACAGUGGGACCAAAGAAGUUUUAAAUAAUACCCUUUUCAUUUUAUUUUUUUUCUUUACAAACUAUAAAGUUUCCUUUCCUGGUCUUUUACAGGAGGUAAAAAAGAUAGCAAAUACUGAACUGGUUGUUGUGAAACCUGAGUAAUUUGUGAUAGUUUUGGCUUAUUUAUUUUUUGUACAUAUGUGGAAUAAACUCCAAAACUUUAUAUUUGUGUUGUCACAGGCAUUAAUUGCAGGUUAGAUGUAUCAAAUCACUGCUGCAAAAGAGUACCUUUGCUAGUGCACCGAGAGUGACAGAACCUGGCAAACACAAGUUUGGAGAUUAUUUUAUAGUGAUUUUGUAGAAAUUUGUUGUAAAUCAUAUUGAAAUGGUCCAGUUGGUUUGUAAAAAUAAAAUUUUCAAAGCAUUUGAAAUUCAGGUCCCUAGAGCUGUGUUUAUGUUGAUUUUAAUUUUUGAAAAGAUAGGAAGAUUCUUAUUCAUGAGACAUUUGUUCAAACUCUUGUCAACCUAUAUGAAAAAUUUCCUUCUUCCCAUGUUCCAUGAAACCUUUUUACAUAAUGAAAAGUGAAAAUAAUAAUGAUCAGUUCAUGCCUACAGAUCACAGAUAAUCUGGUUUUACUUUCUGAGUCUACUUUUACAGUGCAAUUCUUCCACGUUUUUUAAAACAAAACUGCCUAUGUUUUCAUGAGAAAUAGGUUGGGGAAGUAAAAAUGUGUACAUUUCUUAUGCCUUAUGAAAUAGGCUGAGAAUUAUGGAACUGAGUUUUAAUAUGGAGAAAAUAUAAGUGUUGCUGAUUUUAGCAGCUGAUUAAAGAAUAAAGAGUAUUACAAAAACAAUGCAUUGGAAGUCUGGUACUAUGUAAUCAUGAGUUUCUUUUUUUAUGAGCAAAUAAACAGUAUACUCCA